GUCUUGUUGUUAAAGGCAAAAACAGAUAAUUUGACGAAAGAUAAAGUGAAAGAUAUGAUGAAAGAAGCUCGAUUGAUGCGCCACUACGAUCAUCCAAAUAUUGUUAAAAUGUAUGGCGUUGCUGUCGAACAAGAACCGCUAAUGAUUGUCAUGGAAUUUAUCACUGGUGGAGCAUUAGAUGAAUUUCUGCGAAAGAAAGGAAAUGAUGUAAAAUAUCACGAAAAAUUAGCAAGCAUGUGUUCGGGUGCAUCAUGGGGCAUUGAAUAUUUACAUUACAUGCAGUGUAUACAUCGAGAUAUUGCAGCACGAAACUGUUUAUAUACAACCGAUAAAACUGUGAAAAUAAGUGAUUUUGGAUUAUCGCGGAAAGGAAACACCUAUCAAUUGACGUCAGCCAAAAAGUUACCUAUUCGAUGGCUGUCUCCAGAAACACUCUCAAGUGGUUUAUAUACUCAGAAAAGUGAUGUGUACAGUUUUGGUAUAAUGGUUUGGGAGAUUUUUACGAACGGUAAAGAGCCAUAUGAAGACAUGGCAAAUAUAGAGGUUCAAGAAAAGGUAGGCGUUAAAAUUGUACUGGUAGACUGCUUGAAAUAUGUGGAGAUUUAA